CUGGUGAAUGGGGCGACGUUCACGAGCACGAUGGUGCCGGUGCUUUUGCAGAUCAUGAGCUUGCUCCCUUCCGGAUCGGUCUACACUCUUCCAGUAAACUCGGUCAUUGAGCUCUCUAUUCCUGGAGGUUCCGUCGGCAGCCCACACCCCAUGCAUCUUCACGGACACAUCUUCGACGUCGUUUGCAGCGCCGGAAGCGAGACAUACAACUACGCAAACCCCAUCAAACGCGACGUCGUGAACAUAGGUGAGGAAGGAGACAACGUCACCAUCCGCUUCACCACCGAUAACGCCGGUCCAUGGAUUCUCCACUGCCACAUCGACUGGCAUCUUGAAAUUGGCCUCUCCGUUGUCUUUGCAGAAGAUGCUGAGACAGUCGCCUCUUCUACCGUGCCUGUCGCUUGGGAUUCCCUGUGCCCGACCUACAACGAGGCCUUCAACGUCACCACUGAUUCCGAUUCUCGUCGCCGCCGCAGGCGCCACGUCAAGUUCUAA